CCAUCCUCGAGCUCUCCCCGAGCCGCUCAGACAAUCCGCUCGCGCGCUCCUGUCCACCUCCGUCCCCAUCACAGACCGGCGCCUCUGUCUCAGUCCGGAUAACCAGACACACUUCUUGUCCCUCUGCCGAGAACACACCACCUGAAGAACCAUGGAGGCCAUCAAGAAGAAGAUGCAGAUGCUGAAGCUGGAUAAGGAGAACGCGAUAGACCGGGCAGAGCAGGCUGAGGGGGACAAGAAGGGAGCGGAGGACAAAUGCAAACUGCUGGAGGAGGAGCUGCUGGGUCUGCAGAAGAAGCUGAAAGGAGUGGAGGAUGAGCUGGACAAAUACUCCGAGUCACUGAAGGAUGCCCAGGAGAAGCUGGAGCAGGCGGAGAAAAAGGCAACAGAUGCAGAGGCAGAAGUGGCAUCUCUAAACAGGCGUAUUCAGCUGGUGGAGGAGGAGUUGGACCGAGCUCAGGAGAGACUGGCUACUGCUCUGCAGAAGCUGGAAGAGGCUGAGAAAGCUGCAGACGAGAGUGAGAGAGGAAUGAAGGUCAUAGAGAACAGAGCAACAAAAGACGAGGAGAAGAUGGAGAUCCAGGAGAUGCAGCUGAAGGAGGCCAAACACAUUGCUGAGGAGGCCGACCGCAAAUAUGAAGAGGUUGCACGUAAACUGGUGAUCCUGGAAGGGGAUCUGGAGCGUUCAGAGGAGCGUGCUGAGGUGGCCGAGGCUAAAUCAGGUGACCUUGAGGAAGAGUUGAAAAAUGUCACCAACAACUUGAAGUCACUGGAAGCCCAGGCUGAGAAGUACUCACAAAAGGAGGAUAAAUACGAAGAAGAAAUUAAAGUCCUUACUGACAAACUGAAGGAGGCUGAGACCCGUGCAGAGUUUGCAGAGAGGUCUGUGGCCAAGCUGGAGAAGACCAUUGAUGAUUUGGAAGAGAAACUGGCCCAGGCCAAAGAAGAGAACCUGGACAUGCACCAGGUGUUGGACCAAACCCUUCUGGAGCUCAACAAUCUAUAAAGACUUCGAAGGACAGAGCAAGACCAAGAAAUAUUUAAUCUCCCACCCAAAGCUCCCAGCACACUCCCUUACAGAUGGAACCUUAAUUUGACAUCACCAGUUGUUAUUGGAAAAAAAAAGAAAUAUGAGUUGAGAUGGAAAUCUACAAGCCCCUGAAGUAACAUGAGCAAUAAUGUGUCUUUAGCUGAAAGCUAUUUUGCAUGCAUCGUAUAAUUCAUCAGAGAUGAUCUUAUCAAUGAAAAGUUUCUUGCAUGCAAAUGUAACUAUCUUGGGGGCACUGUCCCAAGAGCAAAGGUCUCUGCUACAAAGGUUUCUCUUGUUUGACCAAACAUGAUGAAGCUUUUUCUCAUUGGACAUAUCCAUGAAUGUAGCAGAGCCCACUUGUGUUUUGUCAUCUUUGAAGAAUAAAUGACAGUGAAACUCAUACGAGAUAGGUGCUACCGCACACAAGAAACUUUUCUCCCUCACACAACAGUUGCUAGAAUACACUAGAAACGUUAUGUUUUUUCCUGAUUUCCCCGUGGUUGAUAAAGUGAUGCAGGAAUGUUCAAAUGUCUAAAACUGUCCUUUCACAGUAUUAUUACUCAUAUGACUCAUGUCAAAGUUUUGCUGAGACAUGGACCGUUUGAAUUCCUCCAAGGAGACGGCCAUUAGCUUCCCUUCCCUUCGAAGUUCUUUCUGUGCUUACACUGAACCAAAUCUUAACCAUAGUGGGGGCACUUCAGAAAACACCAGAGAUUUGUAACAGUUUUGGAGGCACCAACAAUUGAUGUCUGACUGACGACAUUCAAUUAUUAAUGGAAUUCAAUUACUAAUAGAGCAACAACUUGUAGCAAUGUAAGAGUGGGACUGCUUCUUUAUGUUAAAAGGUGAAAUGAAUAAAGCUGGGAGCUGUAAUGACAUAUAUUGUAACAAAAAAUGCAUUCCUGAAAUAAUAUAAUUCCAAGCAAUCUAUGAUGAUGUGGCGUUUUACAGUGAAAUUGUUUUACAUGUCAUGUCUGAAACAUAUGUCUUAAUUUUGUGAAGCACUCUGCCAGGAGGUAACUGUACUGUUGACAAACUGAUUGACAGACACAAACUAAUCGGUUGCAGUAGUGAUUUCUGUCUGAAUGCAUUUGUGCAAAUGAUUGAUUCCUGAUUAGAGUACUUUUUGUUUGUUUUUUACUUUGACAUGAAGUAAAGUAGUUGCAUUGAUUGUUUCUAAGUUGUUACCUAUCAGUACUGACGCAAAAUCAUCAGUGCAAGCCCUUUGAAUUAAAAGAAAGAAAGUGACAUGA